GUAAAGUAGGAAACCAGAUCUGAGAAAAAUGUUUCAAUGCAUUUUCCCUUUUCAAAUUUUGCAGCAUCUUCUACAAAUUCUUCCCUAGAUUUUCCGUCAAUUUCUCCCCCAUGAAAUUUUCCCUUCUGGGUUUUUCUUUUAGGACCUAAACUAUACCAAAGUUUUGUUUUUUACUAUUAUUUUCGAAUUAACUAUUAUAGUCAAAAUUCCAUUUCGAGUUGUUUUUCAUGUAAGGUUAUCUUUAGAAGAUACCCUUUUGUCCCCUCAUAAUAGUCUAUGAUUAAAGUUUGUUCCUUUAUCAACAAUUGCAUUGUUCCACUCAAUUUGUUCUAGGGCUGAAAAUGAUGCAAAAGUUUUAUUUUCCUUGAAAUUUUGUUAUGUUGGAAGGAAAUUUAUUCCAAAAAUCUGUUUUUUUAUUAUAUUUGAGUUAAGGGAAAGGAAAGCAUAAUCUUGUUAUCAUGGUUCAUUUGAUAAACUAUGAUCCUUGUUCUUUUUUUACCAGGGCUUUUUGUCAAUACCCUUGUUAUUCUGAUGUUAAGAGAAGUGUUAGGUUUAAUGUUAAAGCCUGUUUUGAUAGUUGUAAUAAUUGGAAUGAUGAUGGUAAUGCCAAAAGGGUUUUUUUGAAGGAAAAGAAAAAUGGGAAUUUUACUAAUGUUGAUCAUAGGUUACAAGGUGGAAGUCAUAAUAAGCCUUUUUGUUUUCCUGAUUAUCAGUUUUCGCAGAAACUUGUAGUUGCUGUUGAUGUUGAUGAAGUAUUAGGAAACUUUGUGUCGGCUCUGAACAAGUUUAUAGCAGAUCGAUACUUGUCGAAUUAUUCGGUUUCGGAGUAUCAUGUCUACGAGUUCUUCAAGAUAUGGAACUGUUCACGAGACGAAGCUAAUAGUCGCGUUCAUGAGUUUUUUGAGACGCCAUAUUUCAAGUCGGGGAUCCAACCUCUCCCUGGUGCUCAAAUGACCUUGCAGAAAUUAUCAAGAUUUUGCAACCUAUCCGUUGUAACGUCUCGGCAGAAUGCAAUCAAGGAUCAUACACUUGAGUGGAUAGAGAAUAACUUUUCAGGUUUGUUUGAUGAGAUUCACUUUGGAAACCAUUUCGCUCUUGACGGAGGGUCAAGGCCAAAGUCAGAGAUCUGUAGGUCUUUAAAUGCGAAGGUUCUUAUUGACGAUAAUCCAAGUUACGCAAUGGAGUGUGCUGAAGCUGGUAUAAGAGUCCUACUUUUCGAUUACGAAAACUCGUAUCCUUGGUCUAAGACUGAGUUUGCAGAGCAGCAUCCUCUGGUGCACAAAGUUGAGAAUUGGGAAGAAGUUGAACAAGAACUAAUGUCAUUGAUAGUUUUAUAGUUACUUAAAGUCCUGAAGCGUGAUGGAUUUUUGUCGAAAGCGCUGUUUUCGAUGUACUAACUGGACUAUUUAGAUGUACCAGAGACGAACUAUUUGUCGUAGUAGUCUGCGGUGAGGAUGAAUUUGGGAUUCCUGCUGCACACGAAUAUAGAUUUUGACUGUUUGAUCUAAAAUCAACUGUUGAGAUCGUUUUAAGUUAGAUUGGUGAUGGUGUCCUCUGAUUGCCUGAAGCAUGUGACCUAGGGCAAUCCAGGUGUUGUUUCUGUUAGGUGAUGCAGAAUGAUGGAGGGACUAACUUGAUAAAAUAUUUUACGGUUUAGAAGACUAAUUUGAAAUUUCAAUGA